CACAAGCAGGAAGUUGUUGUCAAGUGUCAGUUUCAUCCUCAAACCUUGGAUCAAAUGAGCUGCAUUGUCUUCUUUUAAUGCUGUUCCUGUUCACAGUUAACUCUGGAGGAAGCCGUCGCUUUGUUGGAGCUGUAUUUGGUGAUCAUGAUCAUUUCAUUUUCCUGGGCGAUAUAUUUUAUAUUUGUCUCUAAGCCUCUGUUUGGCAAAAGCUAGCUUUCGUUAGCAAUGACUCUUUGACAGAUUAGUGGUGAAUAUCUGUUCUGAAUCCCGUGUCGGGGACAAGAGGCUGCUCAGAUGGAUUUCUCCAAGUUUCUGGACGAUGACUUUGAUGUGAAGGACUGGGUGAAUGGCGCUUUCAAAGUGGUGCAGAAGGACGCUCCGGGGAAAGCGGAUACACACGCAGCCACGCUGGUCAUGAAACUCCAGCUGUUCAUCCAGGAAGUCAACAAUGCCAUUGAGGAGAGCAGUAACCAGGCGGUGCAGAACAUGCCCAGAGUGCUGCGGGACGUGGAGGCUCUGAAGCAGGAGGCGUCCUUCCUCAAAGAGCAGAUGGUCCUGGUCAAAGAGGACAUCAAGAAGUGUGAGCAAGACACUGCACAGUCUAUGCAGGUGUUGGUGGAGAUAGACAAAGUAAAGGGGCGCAUGCAGCUGGCAGCAGAUGCACUACAAGAGGCAGAUAAAUGGACCACGCUCAGUGCAGACAUUGAAGAAACAUUUAAAACACAGGACUUUGCACUAAUCUCUUCUAAACUGACAAGCAUGCAAAACAGCCUGGCCAUGUUGGUGGAUACCCCAGACUACUCAGAGAAGUGUGUCCACUUGGAGGCUCUCAAAAACAGACUGGAAGCUCUGGCCAGUCCGCAGAUAGUGGCAACCUUCAACUCCAUGUCUAUAGAUCAAGCCAAGCUCUUUGUCAAAGUAUUUACUGAGAUUGACAGAAUGCCACAGCUUCUUGCAUACUACUACAAAUGCCACAAAGGUCAGUUGGUGAAUAUGUGGCAGGACAUCUCUCAGAGUGAACUCAGUCUAAACCAACAACUGGCUGAGUUCUAUGAUACAUUGCUUUCUACAUGGCAUUCUCAACUUCAGUGGACCAUUCAGGUUUUUAAGAAUCCCUAUGAGGUGGUGACUGUGUUGCUGAUACAGACUCUGGGGGCCAUGGUGCCAUCCAUCCCUGUUUGUCUGAGCUCAGCCAUGGAGCGAGCUGCACAAGACCAGCGCCUUGAAACACUAUUAGAACUGCAUUUCACUACUGCCAACUUUGGACACAGUCUGGAGGCCGCCAUGCUGCCACAUUUGGGUGACAAUAACCCCCUCAAGGUGAAUGAGUUGGUCUGUGCCCUCUACGACCCUUACAAACCCUAUCAGCUGCAGUACGGAGAGCUAGAGGAAAAUCAUCUUCUCAUUCAGAUCAGCACAGUUCCACUGGAACAUGGCGAGGUUAUUGAUUGCGUUGAGGAGAUGAGCCACUCUGUAGGCAAGCUGUUUGGCCUGUGCAGUGCUGCCGUAGACCGCUGCAUCAAACUGACUGAUGGACUGGCAGUGUGCGGACUCCUUAAAGCACUCAAAGCUCUUUUUACAAAAUAUGUGUCUGACUUCUCAAGAACGCUACAGUCGAUUAGAAAGAAGUGCAGACUUGAGGAUGCACCAAGUUCUACUGCUUUUCAGGAAGACUGGACGGCAUUUCAAAAUUCUGUCAGGAUUAUUGCAACUUGUGGAGAGCUGCUAAGACAGUGCGGUGCCUUUGAGCAGCAGCUAUCAAACAGGAUCCUAGGCACUGCUGGUAAAUACUUGUCAGAGUCAUACAGCCCGCGCAGCCUGACAGGUAUCCAGGAGGCCAGCUCCACAGAGAGGAAAAGUACCACCAAAAAUCCUUGGCAGGAGUAUAACUACCUUCAGAGAGGAAACAUGACUGAAUAUAACAGCCUAAUGGAGGUCCUGUACAAUUUGAAGGAGAAAGGCACAGGUAACUCCAGUCUUUUAGCAGAGCCCAGAGCAGCGCUGACCAGACUGAACCAGCAGGCCAACCAGCUGGCCUUCGACUCGGUCUUCCUGCAGAUCAAACACCAGCUCUGCCUCGUCUCAAAGAUGGAGAGCCAGGAUGGGCCUGGGUUAGGCGAAAGCUACACAGAGGAUCUGCCAACGUUCAGCCUCUCACCACAAGAAUACAUAACAAAUAUUGGACAGUACCUAAUGUCAUUACCUCUCCACUUGGAGCCAUUUGUGACACAAGAGGACCCAGCCCUUGAGAUGGCCCUACAUGCGGGGAAGUUGCCCUUCCCUCCAGAACAAGGUGAUGACUUUGGUGAGCUGGAUAACACUGCUGAUUACUGGUUAGGAUCUAUCGCACGGGCCACAAUGCAAACUUACUGUGAUGCCAUUCUGCUCAUACCCCAACUCAAUGCACAUUCCACAAAGCAACUGGCCACAGAUAUUGAUUAUUUGAGUAACGUGAUGGACGCUUUGGGACUGCAGCCUUCGCGUACACUGCAGCACAUAGUGACUUUGUUGAGGGCCAAACCAGAAGAAUACAGACAGACAGCCAAACUGCUGCCCAGACGCCUCAGCUCCACCAUCGCAGCUCUCCGAGGAAUCGACUACUGACCUACAGACAGGACGUAGUGCAGAAAAUGAACUCCAUUCUGAAACUAUCUGUGAUUCCUGAGUGUUUAAGAAUGUGGUUAGAAAACUGUUGAUGUUUUAAUGUCUAAUUUGUUAUAAUGUUUGGAUGAUAAUUGAAGAUUGAUUGUGCUCUCUGCUUAAAGGGAACAUAAGGGCAAAAAUAAGAUCUAUAAAGAUGUAGAUGCUAAUGUUCUGAUCUUAAUUUAUAUUUUAAUAAUAAAGCAUGUGCACCUCAAGUAAGACAAGGGAAAGAAGCUUUUCAUUUCUAUUUUUAUGCAGUGUCUUAAAAUGUGUAUGCAAAAUAUUGUGUGGGAUAUAAUGGGUCAACUAUGUUACUUUUAUAUAUGUUGGGGUCUUAAAAUAUUUUAAUAAACAGAACUGCGUAGCUUUAAUAA